AGCUUCUAACGAUAAGCUAAUUUUGUGAUGCCGCACGUUUCAUACUGCGCCUUCGCUUGAUACACGAGAAUCAAACCGAGAUCGAUAUCCUAUUUGAGUCAAUUCACGGGGAAUUAAAUUGUGCUCUACGGGUUUUGAGUCUCUGCCAAUCGCAAAUUUUCUCUCUGUUUUGAGACUUCACGGCCCCUGCUGAAGGAAAAUAACAGCAAACUUGUUCGGCGGUGAAGAAACAUCGGCGCUUAUCGUAUAAGUGAUUGGAGGAGUCAUCGGCAUUUGCUUGAGAAUCGUUCAGCGCGGGUCAUGGAGCGUUAACAGAAAGGUCCGAUCAAGUCUUCGAUCGCCCACUACUUCUGGAAAAAAACGUGGUUCCGUCUCUUUUGCUGCCGGAACUAAAUUUUAUCCCAUUCAAAGCCAUUCUACUCCGCUAAACUGGACGAUAUUACGGAACGUGGGCCCCUUGUCAACCAUGUCAGAAACUUGGAAAGCUCAGCGAUCUUCCUUGAAAAUCUCUCUGACCACAGAUGAUGGAGAAGAAGUGACGGAGGGAGACAGCUUUCCAAGGAAGCGUGAACGGACAAAAUAUUCUUCCCAAGGUGAAGACUCAGUUGAGAGAUCUGAUGGAGACAGACUAACACUCCCAGUUCCCACACGGAGAGGGUCCUUCCUUUAUAAAUCUGACAGCGAGUUUGAGCUAGCAUCCAAAUGUGUAACGUCAAGGCAUCACUCCUUCAGCGAAGGCUUUGCCAAGUUCAGCACUUCCCAAGAAAAUCUAACACUAACUCGAGUAGAAGAGCUAGUUACUCCUUUUGCACAGAUUCUCUCAAGUUUGCGAAAUGUCAGAAACAAUUUCAUGUCACUGACCAAUGCUAAAAAAGAAAAGAGGAGAGGGUCUGUAGGAUCACACAUUUUACGAAACAACAACUUAGCCCAAGAUGUGCUCAAUGGCUCAGGAAUGUCUUCAGGUUCUCUUCACUUACCAAGAGAUGAUGGCUAUCAAAAGUUGGCUAAUAAUACCCUGGAUGAGCUGGAUUGGGUGCUGUAUCAACUGGAAACACUUCAAACACACACGUCCGUCAGUGAAAUGGCGUCGAAUAAGUUUAAGAGAUUGUUAAAUAGAGAAUUGAAAGACUUUUCCGAAAGCAACCAGUCUGGAAACCAGGUGUCGGCCUGGGUCUAUAACACAUUUACAGAUAAGCAGUUAGAAGUGGAUGCCCUGCCUGGUACAAAAUCAAAAAGAGAAGGGAUUCGAGCAAGGUCGCGUUCCAUGGUAAACGGCGUUCGAAAACUUACAAGACUACACAGCUUUAGUGGCUCUGUACCCAGAUUUGGAGUGGAGGUGGCCAAUGAGGGCGAAUUAGCGAAGGUCUUAGAAGAAAUCAACAAAUGGACAUUUGAUGUGUUCAAAUUACAUGACCUAACACAGGGGCAUCCUUUGCUUGCUGUUACGUACACAAUCCUGCAGGCCAGAGAUUUAUUAAAAAUAUUCAAGAUAAAACCCACUACGUUUAUUAACUAUAUGUCGUCAGUCGAGAAUCAUUAUUUAAAAGAUGUCCCCUUCCAUAACUGCACUCAUGCAGCGGAUGUCACACAAACGUCACACACUCUCCUAUCAGCUCAAGCAUUCGAAUCCGUCUUUACCGAUCUUGAAGUCCUCGCUGCCAUCUUAGCCAGUGCUGUCCAUGAUGUCGACCACCCAGGAGUCAAUAAUCAUUUCUUAGUGGCAACAAAUUCUGAAAUGGCACUGAUGUAUAAUGACGAAUCUGUUCUUGAAAAUCACCACUUGGCCGUGGCAUUUCAACUUUUACAACACGAAGACUGUGAUAUCUUUGAAAAUCUUACGAAAAAAGAAAGACAAACAGUUCGGAGAACAAUUAUCGAAAUGGUACUCGCGACUGAUAACGCGAAGCACAUGAGUCUACUAGCCUCUCUAAAGACCAUGGUCGAAAGCAAGAAGGUGGCUGGCAGCGGAGUACUGUGUUUAGACAACGCCACUGACAGAAUGCAGGUUCUCAAGUGCUUGGUGCAUUGUGCCGAUCUUAGCAAUCCCGCAAAGCCUCUUCCAAUGUACAGAAAGUGGGUCGACAGAGUAAUGGAAGAAUUCUUCAGACAGGGUGACAGGGAGCGAGACAUCGAGGGAAUGGAAAUCAGUCCAAUGAUGGACAGACAUAAUGCUUCUAUAGAGAAAUCGCAGGUGGUGUUUAUCGACUUUGUCAUCCAACCGCUAUGGGAGACCUGGGGCGACUUGGUACAUCCUGAUGCCAUUGAGAUCUUAGAGCGCAUUGAGGACAAUAGAUACUGGUACAACGCCCAGGUCCCCAAGCACGAACAGGAGAGGAAGCCCGGAGAGCAUAGUUCAUCUGGUAGAGAGAAGCGAGUCAGUUGGCAGGGCACAAGGAAAGAAGCUAUUGACCAAUCAGAACCUGAAACGUCCGAUGAUGACUGCGAGAAAAGAUUGCAGAGGCUAAGAGAAGUGGUAGCUGGAAAAACUCCUGACCUGACUAAAUAUGUGAGUAGCAGCCGUAGUUGUGAAGCGGAUGAUGAAUUUGACGAUGACGAAGAGAAAGGCGAAGGAAAAGAUACAGACCAGGUGGAUGAAGAGAGAGAAGACGAAGACGAGGAACACGAAGAACACGAAGAACAAGAUAGCCAAAAAGAAGGAGAUUAGAACUAGGAGCAAAGGAAUUACAAGGAAAUUUUCCAUUUGGAAGAAGCGGACGAUGGUUUCUUUCGAAUUUGAGGUGUGGAUUUUGUCCCAGGAAGUUUGGAAGGAAGAAAGCUAUUAAUCGGUAAACUAAGGGUUAUUGAAGACUUAUUGAUUUUGUGUCGCGAGAUUCCAAGGUGCUCACACCAGACUUUUAGAAGUGUCCUUUAUUUGUCCCGAGAAAUGGUUGGAUGAUGUUCUGUUUUACCCGCCGUGUAAAACUUUUACGUAAACGCAUGAAUAGUGGCCGAUAAGUAGAAUCCUCGCUGUGGUACGCCUGCAAGCACUAAUUGAAUAAUAUUUCAUUUUCACGUCGACUUGAAUUUUUCUGACCCUUAUCCAGUGUCUUUGGCAACGCAAUGUAAUGAAUCUGAACUGCGAUACAAGACUGCAAUCAUCGAAGGAAAAUUUAUCUCUGUGGACGGUUUUGGACUGCUUCGUGUGGUGUGUAAUCGAUAGGAGAGUGUGAAGUUGACGAUAUUUCCAAAGUACCUGUACCAAGCCAGAAUCGAACUUCAGAUCCAAGAAGCAUAAGAAUCGUACUUUUUGUACAACUUUGUUGAAACACAAUUGCAAGAGUACUAAGUCUAUUGACAAGAGUUCAAUUGUCAAAUUAUGGAAUACUUAGCAUAAACUACAACUUUCUUGGGCGUCAAACCUCAAUCCAGAAGGAGGGCUUGUAACAGGCUUUGAUAAGCGUGACUAAUGGUUUGAUCGCUGUUUAUGGUUGACUGCCAAAUACUUCUGUUCUUUUGAACUUUCAAGUACUUAUGUUAUAAUAUUACACUGCUCAUCUAAGAAAUAAUUUCUCAAAAAGGAAUUGACAACUUCAGAGAUCGACGAGAAGUUUGUCUCAGUGAUACGGCAGUCUCCAAUCUACCCCAGUUCGUUGAAGAAGCCUAUUUUAAAGAUGUGGUCGAGGAGUACGUGCAAAAAAUUAAAAAGAAAAGGUUUUGGAGGAAAACGCUGACAAGCUUACUGAUAAAUCCCCUGUGUUUUGCUCGUUGCGCAGGCCUUGAAAGCCCACGGCUUAAAUGUUAACUUAUAUAUUGUAUUUAUUUUAUUUGUACAUAGGAAGAGAACAUUAUUGUUAAUAUUGACUUUGUAUUUAACCCUUGUGCGGACGGACCUGAGGAGUGUAAUUAGAUCCAAAGAGGCGGAAAUAUCUUAACGGGAAGAAUUCCGAUGUGAAUUGUAUUAUAGUGCUGUAAAAAUUGUAAAUAGCUAUUUCGCGCCGAUUAUACCUGCAGGGAAAACGAAUGAUCAAAAUAGCUAAUUAAUUAGUGAAAAACGUCUUUAACCCUUUCACUUCCAAGAUCAAAGAUCUAUAGACGAAUUCUCUCAACUGAUGGCCAAGGAUUUCUCCAUCGACCGUUUCUGAGAAUUUGGUGUGGUAUCGCGGCUGUAUUUGUCCAGUUGAUAAUUUUGUUAAUUUCCAUUACCCCUCUGCUUGAUAAUGUAUAAUAAUUGCAAUAAGAUUUUCUUUGUGAUCAUUUGUGGUAGUGAAAGGGUUAAAAUUACGAUGAGUUGCGGACUUCGACUGCAUCAACAAUGGUGGAAAGUUAUCGGAGAAACUAAAUAGGAUCCUAAAAUGCAAGUGCCAAGUUCGUAAUAAAAAGAAAAUUUAAGCGCAUCUUGCGUUUAUAAUGU